GAAGCUAUAGAUUGCCAUCUUCGAAGCUGCUUUCCAUACGCAGGUAACCCAAGAAGGCCUCUUCUAUAACAGUUCUGCUCGCUAAUCUACUAAAGAGAGUUAAUUUUAACGAAAAGCUCCGUAGGUUUCUUUGUCUUGGACAGCCACGUGAGUGCAAUAUUCUUUUAGGAUUUAUUUAUUAGGAGUUUGCUUUCGGGUGAAAACAUAGACUUCUGAUGUUGCGUAUCACCAUUGAGAGGGAGUAUUUUCUGAAUUCUCGUCUUCAUUGAUUUCUACCAAAAACAGCUUGUCUCCUGGUGUUUCUGUCCAUAAUCCAUCAUCUUUGGCCUUCCCAGAGGGCAGCAGAAGAAAGAAAAAAAAGAGGUGUGCAUUUUAUAGCCAAAUUGAAGGAUAGCCAUAAUGGCAUCUGUGGGGCUAGAGAUCAUGGCUAUGGCUCUGUGCAUCUUUGGCUGGUUGGGGACUAUCCUUUCAUGUGCAUUGCCCAUGUGGAAGGUUACAGCAUUCAUCGGAAACAACAUUGUUGUGGCACAGACAAUCUGGGAGGGACUGUGGAUGAAUUGUGUGGUACAGAGUACUGGCCAGAUGCAGUGCAAGAUCUAUGAUUCCAUGCUAGCCCUGCCUCAAGAUGUCCAAGCUGCCCGGGCCCUCAUGGUUAUCUCUGUGGUGCUUGCUGUCCUGGCACUGUUGGUGAGUAUUGUUGGAGCCAAGUGUACCAACUGCGUGGAGGAAGAAGGUGCCAAGGCACGUAUUGUCAUUACCUCAGGUGCCUUCUUUAUUGUCUCAGGACUUCUCGCACUUAUUCCUGUCUGCUGGUCUGCCAACUCCAUCAUCCGUGACUUUUACAAUCCAAUUGUGGCUGAACCCCUCAAAAGGGAACUGGGGGCUGCUCUCUAUGUUGGUUGGGCAGCUUCUGCCUUACUGCUCCUUGGAGGAUCACUCCUGUGCUGCUCCUGCCCACCACGGGACAACCGCUACCCAGGCCGUAUUGCCUAUUCUGUUCCAGCCAGAUCUACUGCUCCACCAGGCAGUACAAUUGACAAGAGGGACUAUGUAUGAGCAGUUAUUGUGGUGAAAUUUGCCAGAUAUUAGAAGACCCAAACUAGGACAGGCAUUAUUGGCCCAAGGACCUCUGGAACCAGAAGAUAGGACAACCUUAUCAGUUUGGGUUCAGCUAUGAUAUCUGGUAAUACUGGAAUGUUGGUGCAUGUAUAUAUGUGUGUGUAUGUGUGGCUAUACAAGCAUAAUGAAUGAUGUGGAGUGACUAACUGAGGAAAUGUGAACAAAUAAAAGGAUGUG